CUACUACAUAGUUUAUUCUAAAUCCAAACAUAGUUUCUCAAUUCCUAAAACCCAUCUCAUAUAGUUCAUCGCUUUUUAACUGAGUCAUGAAUUAAUCUCUUCGUAUUUCUGUUUUGUCUUUCAGAUAUUUGUUAUUUUCCCAUUCCAAUGGCAAAAAAGAGAAAAAAAAACCAAAAACCAAAACUAAAAAAAUAGUGAUGGAAAGUUAUCUCAUAUAUUUUCUGCAUUUUUAAUUUGUACAUUAUGAAUAUGAAGAGAUUGGGUUCAGCUUAGUUUGCUGUAAUCGCUUUCUCCAUUUCAAAGGUUGGAGUUUUUAGAGAUUUUAAGUUUCUGCUUUUGAAGCCAUUUUGCAUUUUGUGAUUGAAGGCCAUUUUGCAUCAAUAGCAUCGGUUGUUCCGUUGAUUCAUAAUCCAGAUCAUUUAGUUUCUUCUUCUUUUGAAGACAAUUUGCAUCAGUCUUGUAGAUCGCAUCAUCAAUAGAACCCGUUGUUCCAUUGGUCCCAAAGAAGAGGAGAAGAAACGAAAAUCAAUGGAAAUUUUAAUUUCUGUUGUUGCAAAAAUAGCAGAAUAUACCGUUGUGCCUAUUGGACGUCAAGCAAGUUACUUGAUAUUCUACAAAGGUAAUUUUAAGGUAUUAAAGGAUCAUGUUGAAGACCUUGAAGCUGCAAGAGAUGUAAUGAUCCAUUCGGUGGAAAGAGAAAGGGGAAAUGGUAAAGAAAUUGAAAAAAAUGUUUUGAAUUGGUUGGAGAAAGUGAACGAGGUCAUUGAAAAGGCGAAUUGCCUUCAAAAUGACCCUCGCCGUUUCAAUGUUAGGUGCUCAGCAUCGUCGUUCCCCAACUUGGUUUUACGUCAUCAAUUAAGUAGGAAAGCCACAAAAAUUGCAAAAGAUGUUCUCCAAGUUCAAGGUAGAGGAAUUUUUGAUCAAGUUGGUUACCUUCCCCCUCUGGAUGUAGUAGCCUCAUUCCCAACAAGAGAUGGUGAAAAGUAUGACACAAGAGAGUCACUUAAGGAGGACAUUGUGAAGGCUUUAGCAGAUCCUACUUCAUGCAACAUUGGGCUUUAUGGGCUGGGCGGGGUCGGCAAGACCACUCUAGUGGAGAAAGUUGCUCAAAUAGCCAAGCAACGUAAAUUGUUCAAUAAUGUGGUUAUGACAGAAGUAUCGAAAAAUCCAAACAUCAAAUUAAUUCAAGAUGAGAUUGCAGAUUUUUUGAAUCUACGAUUCGAAGAGACGACUAUUCUUGGCAGAGCACAACGCCUAAGGCAGAGAAUCAAGAUGGAGAAAAGUAUCCUUAUCAUUCUAGAUAAUGUAUGGACCAAACUUGAUUUGAAAAUUGUGGGGAUUCCAUUUGGCAAGGAACAUAAAAGUUGCAAAUUGUUGAUGACAAGUAGAAAUCAGGAAGUGUUGCUUCAAAUGGAUGUUCCAAAGGAUUUCAUUUUCAAAGUUGAACUUAUGAGUGAAAACGAGACAUGGAGCUUGUUUCAAUUUAUGGUUGGGGAUGUGGUUAAAGAUAGAAAUUUGAAAGGUAUACCAUUUCAAGUUGCCAAAAAAUGUGCAGGUUUGCCUCUUAGGGUAGUGACGGUAGCGGGUGCAAUGAAAAAUAAAAGGGAUAUCCAGUCUUGGAAAAAUGCAUUCAGACAAUUACAAAGUUAUGAUGAUACAGAUCAGAUGGAUGCAGAAACUUAUUCUGCUUUGGAAUUAAGUUACAACUCAUUGCAGAGUGAUGAAAUGAGGGCUCUCUUCUUACUUUUUGCAUCACUGUCAGGCAAUGAUGUGGAGUACUUUCUCCAAGUUGCAAUGGGGUUAGACAUAUUGAAGCAUACCGUGGAUGACGCAAGAAACAAACUAGUCACAAUAAUCAAAUCUUUGGAGGCGACUUGUCUUUUGCAUGAAGUUAAAACAGAUGCAAAGAUCCAAAUGCAUGACUUUGUUCGUGAUUUUGCUAUCUCCGUAGCACGUAGGGACAAACAUGUAUUUAUAAGAAAACAAUCUGAUGAGAAAUGGCCAACCAAGGAUUUUUUGAAAAGGUGCACGCAGAUCGUUCUUUAUAUGCAUGAGCUUCCUCAAACGAUUGAUUGUCCAAAUGUUAAGCUUUUAUAUUUGUGCAAUAAGAAUCAAUCUUUAGAAAUCCCCGAUACCUUUUUUGAGGGUAUGAGAAACCUUGGAGCGCUAGCUUUGACGUCUUUGAAGUUGUCAUCAUUACCCACAUCAUUUCGGUUGCUAACAGGCCUUCAAACAUUGUGUUUGGAUCAUUGCAUUUUAGAAAAUAUGGAAGCAAUAGAAGCUUUGCAAAAUUUAAAAAUUCUUCGUCUGUGGAAAUCUUCGAUGAUCAAGUUGCCAAAAGAAAUAGGGAGAUUGAUUAAUUUGAGAAUGCUUGAUUUGAGCCACUCAGGAAUAGAAGUUGUCCCACCCAACAUCAUAUCAAGCUUGACUAAAUUGGAGGAGUUGUACAUGGGAAAUACCUCUAUUAAUUGGGAAGAUGUUAAUUCAACAGUUCAAAGUGAAAAUGCUAGUAUUACUGAGCUUCAAAAGCUACUCAACUUGACAGCUCUAGAAUUACAAAUUCGUGAGACUUGGUUGUUGCCAAGGGACUUGCGUUUGAUGUUUGAGAAGCUGGAAAGAUAUAAAAUAGCAAUCGGAGAUGUAUGGGACUGGUCUGACAUUAAGGAUGGAACCUUAAAAACAUUGAUGCUCAAACUUGGUACAAACAUACAUUUGGAGCAUGGAAUUAAAGCAUUGAUUAAAGGUGUUGAGAAUUUGUACUUGGAUGAUGUAGGUGGAAUUCAAAAUGUGCUUUAUCAACUAAAUGGAGAAGGAUUUCCAUUUCUGAAACAUCUCCACGUCCAAAAUAAUGCAAACAUGAAGCACAUUGUUGACUCUAAAUAUAAGAGGAAUCAAAUCCAUGUGUCCUUUCCCAUCUUGGAAACACUAGUACUUCACAGUCUUAAAAACAUGGAGCAUAUAUGUCAUGGUCAACCUUCAACUACUUCUUUUGGAAAUCUCAGUGUUAUCAAAGUCAAAAAUUGCAUCCAAUUAAAAUAUCUAUUCUCCUAUGCAGUGGUUAAAGAACUUUCUCAAAUUUCUAAGAUUGAAGUUUGUCAGUGCAAUUCUAUGAAGGAAAUAGUGUUUGAAGACAACAAUUCAAGUGCAAAUAAUGAUAUAACUGAUGAAAAAAUUGAGUUUCUUCUAUUACGCUCUUUGACUUUAGAACAUUUGGAGACACUUGAUAAUUUCACCUCUGAUUAUCUAACGCAUCUUAGAAGUAAGGAAAAGGAUCAAGGUCUAGAGCCUUAUGCUUCUACUACACCAUUUUUCAAUGCUCAGGUUGAGUUUCCAUGUUUGGAUACCCUUAAAUUGAGUUCACUUCUCAAUUUAAAUCAAAUUUGGGAUGACAAUCAUCAAUCAAUGUGCAACUUGACUAGCUUGAUUGUGGAUAAUUGUGUUGGAUUGAAGUAUUUAUUCUCAUCUUCUUUGGUUGAAAGUUUUAUGAACCUCAAACACCUUGAAAUAAGUAAUUGUCCUAUGAUGGUGGAGAUUAUAGCUAAAGAAGACAGAAACAAUGCAUUGAAAGAUGUUCAAUUUUUGAAAUUAGAGAAAAUCAUAUUGAAGGAUAUGGACAACUUGAAGACAAUAUGGCAUCACCAAUUUGAAACAUCAAAGAUGUUGGAAGUGAACAAUUGUAAGAAAAUUGUGGUGGUUUUUCCUUCUUCAAUGCAGAACACAUAUAAUAAGCUUGAGAAGUUGGAGGUUACAAAUUGUGUUUCAGUUGAAGAGAUAUUUGAAUGGAAUUUGAAUGAAAAAAACAGUGAAGAGGUUACGACACAAUUGAAAGAGGUUACUAUAGAUGGACUGUUGAGACUGAAAAAGAUAUGGAGUGGAGAUCCUCAAGGAAUUCUUAGUUUUCAAAAUUUAAUAAAUGUACAAUUAGAAAGUUGUACAAGCUUGGAGUAUCUAUUACCACUCUCUGUUGCCACUCGUUGCUCACAUCUCAAGGAACUUUAUAUAGAAUUUUGUGAAAACAUGAAGGAAAUUGUUGCAGAGGAGAAAGAAUCUAGCAUGAAUGAAGCUCCCAUAUUUGAGUUUAAUCAACUAACUACUUUAUGGCUUUACGGCUCAGAUAAACUCAAUGGUUUCUAUGCUGGAAAUCAUACUCUACUAUGUCCAUCUUUGAGGAAAAUUAGUGUUACCAAAUGCGCAAAGUUGAAUUUGUUCAGAACUAUAUCUACAAAAUACUCAAAUUUUCAAGAUGAUAAACUCUCUGUUUCAACUAAACAACCACUUUUCAUUGCUGAAGAGGUGAUUCCAAACUUGGAGACUUUGAAGAUGGCACAGGCGGAUGCUGACAUGAUAUUGCAAACCCAAAACUCAAGUGCCCUCUUUAGCAAAAUGAUUUGGAUUGGCUUUAGUAGCUAUAACACUGAAGAUGCUACAUUUCCUUAUUGGUUUCUUGAAAAUGUGCAUACUCUUGAGUCACUACUUGUUGAAUGGAGUUGCUUCAAGAAGAUAUUUCAAGAUAAAGGACAAAUAUGUGAGAAGACUCAUACACAAAUAAAAAAUCUGAUAUUGCAUGAAUUGCCUAAACUUCAACAUAUAUGUGAGGAAGGAUCUCAUAUUGACCCAGUUCUUGAGUUCCUUGAAUGCUUAGAUGUUGAUGGUUGUUCUAGUCUGACAAAUUUGAUGCCUUCCUCUGCCACCCUUAAUUAUCUGACAGAUUUAGAGAUAAAAAAAUGCAAUGGGCUAAAAUAUUUAUUCACAACUCCUACUGCACGAAGUUUGGACAAGCUCACACUUCUGAAGAUAGAAGACUGCAAUUCACUUGAAGAAAUAAUUACUGGAGUAGAAAAUGUUGACAUUGCUUUUGUUAGUUUACAAAUUUUGAAUUUGGAAUGUUUGCCAAGUCUCAUCAAGUUUUCCUCUAGUAAGUGUUUCAUGAAGUUUCCAUUAUUGGAGGAAGUAAUUGUGAGGGAAUGUCCUCGCAUGAAGACUUUUUCAGCGGGAAACACAAGUACACCAAUUCUUCGAAAAGUUAAAAUUGCAGAAAAUGAUUCAGAAUGGCUUUGGAAGGGAAACGUAAAUGAUACAAUAUACAGCAUGUUUGAAAAUAAGGUGGCAUUUGGUAGUUUCAAACAUUUAAAAUUAUCUGAAUAUCCCGAGCUAAAAGAAUUGUGGUAUGGUAAUCUUGAGCAUAACACAUUUAAGAGUUUGAAGUAUCUAGUGGUCCAAAAAUGUGAUUUCUUAUCCGAUGUGCUCUUUCAACCUAACUUGCUACAAGUGCUGAUGAACCUCGAAGAAUUAUAUGUGGAGGAUUGUGAUUCAUUAGAAGCUGUUUUUUAUUUGAAAGAUGAAUUUGCCAAAGAAAUUGUUGUGCAGAAUUCUACUCAAUUGAAGAAAUUAAAACUAUCUAAUCUUCCAAAACUGAAGCAUGUAUGGAAAAAGGAUCCACAUUACACUAUGAAGUUUGAAAAUUUAAGUGAUGUAUCUGUUGUGGGAUGCAAUAGCUUGAUAAGCCUCUUUCCGCUCUCAGUGGCUAGAGAUAUGAUGCAACUUCAAAGUCUUCAAGUAAGUCAGUGUGGGAUUCAAGAAAUUGUGGCCAAGGAAGAAGAAACAUAUGAGAUGGUUAAAUUUGUGUUUCCUCAUUUGACUUCCAUUAACCUUAAGUACUUGACCAAACUUAAGGCAUUCUUUGUUGGGGUUCAUUCUCUUCAAUGUAAAUCAUUGAAAACGAUCAACUUGUUUCGAUGUCCAAAAAUAGAGCUAUUUAAGGCAGAGCCUUUGAGACACCAAGAGAGUUCCAGAAAUGUUGAGCACAAUAUCUCAACUUAUCAACCUCUUUUUGUGUUUGAAGAGGAGCUACUUACAAGUGUGGAGAGUACACCUCAAUUCAGAGAGUUGGAAUUAUGGCAGCUGCACAAGCUUAAAUAUAUAUGUAAAGAAGGAUUUCAAAUGGAUCCUUUUCUGCAUUUUCUUGAAAGCAUUAAUGUUUAUGAGUGUUCCAGUCUGAUAAAGUUGGUUCCAUCCUCUGCUACCUUUAGUUACAUGACCUAUUUGAAGGUAACAAACUGCAAUGGGUUGAUAAAUUUGAUAACACACUCAACAGCAAAUAGUCUUGUCAAACUCACAACAAUGAAGAUUGAAAUGUGUAAUUGGCUUUUGGAUAUAGUGAACGGUAAAGAAGAUGAGACAAACGAGAUUGUAUUUUGCAGUUUACAAACUCUAGAACUAAUUUCUUUACAAAGACUCGGUCGAUUUUGCUCAUGCCCAUGCCCCAUUAUGUUCCCGUUGCUGGAAGUUGUUGUUGUCAAAGAAUGUCCUCGAAUGGAAUUUUUUUCAUUGGGAGUUACAAACACAACAAAUCUUCAAAAUGUACAAACCGAUGAAGAAAAUCAUUGGGAGGGUGACCUCAACAGAACCAUAAAGAAAAUGUUUUUUGAUAAGGUUGCAUUUGGUAAAUUCGAGUACUUAGCCUUAUCUGACUAUCCUGAGAUAAAGGAUUUGUGGUAUGGCCAACUUCAUCACAACGUGUUCUGCAAUUUGAAACAUCUUGUGGUGGAAAGAUGUGAUUUUUUAUCACAUGUACUUUUUCCAUCAAAUGUAAUGCAAGUGCUACAGACAUUGGAAGAACUAGAAGUAAAAGAUUGUGAUUCAUUAGAAGCAGUGUUUGAUGUGAAAGGUAUGAAGUCACAAGAAAUAAUGAUUAAACAAAGCACUCAAUUGAAACGAUUGACUUUGUCUACUUUACCCAAAUUGAAGCACAUAUGGAACGAGGAUCCUCAUGAAAUUAUCAGCUUUGGAAACUUAUGCAAGGUGGACGUUUAUAUGUGUCAAAUCUUGUUAUAUAUCUUUCCAUAUUCACUAUGCGUAGAUCUUGUGACAUCUUGAAAUGCUUGAGAUCGAGUCUUGUGGAGUCAAGGAAAUUGUUGCAAUGGAAGAAGGUGGACCAAUGGAAAUCAAUUUUAAUUUUCCCCAAUUGGAAGUUAUGGAACUGUAUCAUUUGACCAAUCUUAAGAGUUUCUAUCAAGGAAAGCAUACUUUAGAUUUCCCUUCAUUGAAGACUUUGAAUGUAUAUCGUUGUGAAGCAUUAAGAAUGUUUUCUUUUAACAAUUCAGACUUGCAACAACCUUACUCGGUUGAUAAAAAUCAGGACAUGCUAUUCCAACAACCACUGUUUUGUAUUGAAAAGUUGAUCCCCAACCUGGAGGAAUUGACAGUAAAUGGCACAGAUAUGUUGGGGAUAUUGAAUGGUUAUCGUCAAGAAAAUAUCUUUCAUAAAGUCAAAUUUCUUCGUUUACAAUGCUUCGAUGAAACUCCAACUAUUCUUCUGGAUGAUUUCCAUACAAUAUUUCCCAAUCUUGAAACAUUUCAAGUGCGUAACAGUUCCUUUGAAAUAUUGUUCCCCACUAAAAGAACAACUGAUCAUCUCAGUAUGCAAAUUUCAAAGAAAAUAAGAAAUUUGUGGCUUUUUGAAUUGGAAAAGCUCGAGUACAUCUGGCAUGAAGAUUUUCCAUUGGAUCAUCCUCUGUUCCAAUAUAUUGAAGAGUUACGUUUACUGAAUUGUCCAAGUUUGAUAAGUUUGGUACCAUCGUCGACAUCUUUCACAAGUUUAACCUAUUUGGAAGUGGACGACUGCAAAGAGCUGAUCUAUUUGAUAACAUAUUCAACAGCUAAAAGUCUAGUUCAACUCAAAACAUUAAAAAUAAAGAAUUGUGAGAAGAUGUUGGAUGUUGUGAAAGUUGAUGAAGAAAAAGCAGAGGAAAACAUUGUAUUUGAAAACCUGGAAUACUUGGAAUUUACUUCGCUGUCAAGUUUAAGAAGCUUCUGCUAUGGGAAACAAACAUUCAUAUUUCCAUCUUUGCUUCGUUUCAUCGUUAAAGGAUGUCCUCAAAUGAAGAUCUUCUCAUCUUCACUCACAGUAGCACCAUGCCUCACAAGAAUUGAAGUGAUCUUAACACAAUUAUUAACACAAUUAUUGAACAAAUGUUCAUAGAAAAGGUACAUAGUGUCAUUAUUAUUUAUGAAAUGUUCAUAAAGAAAAA